GCGCCAGGGAGGAGCAGGCGCGGGCGAGGGCGCGGGCAGAGCUCUUGGGAAGGUUCCUUGUACGUUUGCUGUCGCUGCAGCUACUAACAACCUCCUUUGGGCCAGCAUUCCCAGCUAGGCGAGUCUCGCUGGCUGUUUGGCGUGCGGAGCAAAGACCUCGAGGAUCGAGUUCUACUCGGGGUGUACCACCGUUUCUCUAGUCGGGAGGUCCGGCUCCAGGCUCUUUGGACCCUCCUGGCGUCCUCGCCUGCAUCGGGGAGGCGGGCAGCGGCGCCCGGGCAUGGCUUCGGCGGGCAGUGGCAUGGAAGAGGUGCGCGUGUCGGUGCUGACCCCGCUCAAGCUGGUCGGGCUCGUAUGCAUAUUUUUGGCGCUGUGUCUGGACCUGGGAGCCGUGCUGAGCCCGGCCUGGGUCACCGCGGACCACCAGUACUACCUGUCCCUGUGGGAGUCCUGCCGGAAGCCCGCCAACCUGGACAUCUGGCAUUGCGAGUCCACUCUCGGCAGCGAUUGGCAGAUUGCUACUCUGGCUUUACUCCUGGGCGGUGCUGCCAUCAUUCUCAUUGCAUUCCUGGUGGGUUUGAUUUCGAUCUGUGUGGGAUCUCGAAGGCGCUUCUACAGACCUGUUGCUGUCAUGCUUUUUGCAGCAGUCGUUUUGCAGGUCUGCAGCCUGGUCCUUUACCCAAUCAAGUUCAUUGAAACUGUGAGCUUGAAAAUUUACCACGAGUUCAACUGGGGUUAUGGCUUGGCCUGGGGUGCAACUAUAUUUUCAUUUGGGGGUGCCAUUCUUUAUUGCCUGAACCCUAAGAACUAUGAAGACUACUACUAAAACCAAGUCUCAACACACACACACACACACACACACACACACACACACACACACAAGACAGACAGAUAGACAGACAGACACACACACACACACACACACACACACACACACACACACACACACA